GCUCAGAUCUGUGCGGCUGGUCCGACGUAUCGCUUCGUCAGUCGCAGUUGACCGUCCACAGACUUUUCAACUCUCGUGUGGACCCUCUUACAAAAACUCAAAAGUGUUUCCCAUUUCUCGUGAAUCUCAAAAGAGACUUAAUGAACAACAUUCUUGUGAGAAGUGAUUAUUAAGUGAUCGUGAAAUUUUUGAAAAUAAUUCAGUGUUAUCAAAAAAGACUAAUUAUGGUGAACAUGGAGAGUGCAAGUGAGCAGCAUACAGUGACGGCUUCGCCACCACCCAGAGCUACUCUUAAAAGUAACUUCAGCAUUCGCAGCAUUGUUCCAGAAGCUUGCGCAGGAACUCCCGCACCUUCCGUCAGCCAAUCGCUCUCGCCCGUCGACCAUGUUGACGACAGCGACGAUUGCAGUGACCUCGACGUCACUGGUGACGGCGCCGAAACGCCUCCACUCGACUGCUCCAGGAAUUCCUCAACCUGCAGUCCAGGCUCCCAAAAAGAUCCCUCCAGCGAGGAGAAGAAAAAGUCGGAAAAACCACCAUUCAGCUACAAUGCCCUCAUCAUGAUGGCAAUUCGCGAAAGUCCCGAGAAGAGGCUAACGCUCAACGGAAUCUACGAGUACAUCAUGCGUCACUUUCCGUACUACGAGAACAACAAGCAAGGUUGGCAAAAUUCUAUCAGGCACAAUUUGUCCCUGAACAAGUGCUUCGUGAAGGUUCCGAGGCAUUACGACGAUCCUGGCAAAGGCAACUACUGGAUGUUGGACCCAAGUUCAGAGGACGUGUUCAUCGGCGGAACAACGGGAAAGUUACGGAGGAGAACAACCGCCGCAUCGAGGUCGCGAUUAGCAGCCUUCAAACGAAGUGUCGUCCUGGGUGGUUUCUACCAGAACCCAUACGCACCGCCAGGAUGGCCCAGCUCCUUGUACACCUUGCCCUACCUCCAUCGGGCAGGCUACACCUCAGUGAACCCAGCCUACACAACUCCGGCCGGCUAUCCGGCGAGCCUACUCCCAGGCGCCGUGACAACAUCUCCGAGCAUUCCCUGCAAGCCGCAGCCUCUGCCAGCGGCCGCUCCCCCAGCGCACGGCGCCUUCUCCAUGGAGAGACUCCUCCAGGCACCCAGUGGAUACCCAGCCGGAAUUGCGCCGCCCGGCCUCACGCCGACGGGCAGCCCCUACGACUUCUACACAACUCUCAGGUCGUUGGCUGCCCACCAGCAUCAAGCGGCCGUCUUCAAUCAGCAACCCCGGUACCUCAAUCAACCGCUAAUGAGCCAACCUGCCUCGACGACCGCUUCCCCUGGAAGCAGUCCCGAGCCAAUGUCAUCGCACUCGCCACCAGUCUCGAUAUGCAACAACAUCAGUCAACAGGCCAUGAGUCUCUCUCACAAUCCUCAACUUCUACUCAAGCCCAUCACUGUCCUCACUGGUCGACAGAGUUGAAUUCCAGGUAUUAAAUGAAAAAUUACUACGUCCUGAUCAAUCAGAAUGUAUCGCCAAUUUUUCGUUUUCUCAACUUUUUAGUCAUUUUAUCAAAACACGGUGAUUGACUGCCAAAUUAUAAAACUAAACGCUUUUCUCAUAUUUUUCACUUCUCAAGGGUAUAAUUUAAUCUGCAACUUUUUUAUCCCCUUGUUCGUAAAUCGAAAAUGCGUCAUUAGAAUUGUAAUAUUACAUUCUCAUUUUUUUGAAAAUGUUUGUGAACAUACUUCAAAUCAAGUGGCAGUCAACUUUAGCAUGAGAAAAAAUACUGUUUUGUACUCUCCGAAUAAGAAUUCAAUUUUUAUGCUCCAAUGUAGUGUAUUCUCAAUUUUCAAAUUUGAAAUAAUUAAAAAUUAGAAAAUAUUCUUGUGAUCAAAAAACCACAAGAGUAAAAAUUGUUUACCAAUUAGGUCCAAUAUUAAUAUUUCAUAUUAUCAAGAAAGUAAAAAUACAACAGUACUUUAUUUAAAAAAAGUAAAAAUUCUUAUUUGUUUUAUCCCGAGUAAAAUUUUAAAAUAGAAAGAAAAACAUGUAUUUGAAUUUCUCAAUUGUCUGAAAAUUUUCGAUACCAGUAUUUUAAAAAAUUGAGUUAAUAACUUGCUGAUUUUUUUCGUAACCAAAUGUUAGAAUAUAGUUUUCGGGCUUAUUUAUAAGCCUAAAAGUGAUCUUUUAAAUAUUGUAUAGAAAGUACUAAAAAAAAUAUGUAAAUAUUUGGGUAGGCGUAGCGCGUAAGACGUGAUCUCCCUCUCUCGUUGUAAUAGUCUAUAAAUUGUAUAUUGUAAUUAAUGAAGAGAUACACAUUAUGUAAAUAUUAUUUAGUAUUGUGAAUUCGCCAAAUGUUUAAAUAUUCGAAUGUACAUAAAUAUACGGAAUGUGAUGAAAAAGAUUAUCAUUCUCGAAAAUAAUAAAUGUUACAAUUUUUUGCAUAAAA